AUGAGGGGGAGGGUGUGUUUGUGUGGGUAUAAGGAUGAGGGGUGUGUGAGCGAGGAUGAACGUGUGAAGUAUGAGGCUCAUGGAAACCGUGAAACUCUGCAGUACAGGUCGCUUACUGAAGACUCUGUGAUUAGUUGUGCCGUGAUCUAUUCAAGUGCUGCUUCGAUAUGCCUUUCGGCUCACGGUAUCGAGUACUUUGCCACAUGCUUUCCCAAUAGCAAAGUGGAGAAAAGUCAAAAGUCAGAUAUCACCAGAAGCUUUGAUGCCAACUUGUUGAUAGGGUAUACAGAUAAGGACGUCGAGCUAACCUUCAAAUGCCACUAUCGUACGUCUCGUGACACUGAGGUUCUCACAGAUGAAUGGCAUGUUGAACCCGUUGGUAGCUAUGAUGACUGCAUGAAACUCUGGUUAGAUAAGGCGUAUGGUACUCCUUGCUCCACGGCUAGUGUCUUUCCGUUUUGUGAAAAUGAGAUGUUGACGAUGAUGGCUUUCCGUAGUUGUUUUGAUUGGAUCAAUCGCAAAUCUUUGCAAGAAGGUGCCCUACCAAAGAAGAUGGCCUUCCCUCUACAGCAAACGUUACAACCACCAGCAUUUGACUAG